AUGCUCCCUCUGGCUCCCGCAAGAGAGACUUUUAUCUUCAAGGAUGCCAUCUGGCUUGGCGGAGAUCACGAUGGUCAUCCACUCACGCCUUACAACGAGUAUACAAAGAUCCGUCGCAGGGCUACAUUGAGCGUGAUGGAGAACGCUGCCCUGUCGCAAUCCUUCUUUACGUUCGGGCUGCUGGAAGCGGUAUUGGAGGUGUCGAUCGCGGAGAGUACACUGCUACGUAUGAACGGCGAUGGCAAGGUCGUGAUGACGUGCGCGAACCUGCCUCCCCUGCUUCGAGACUGGCGGCACCGCAUCCGCCAGCUGGGAGAUGGCGACCGAUGUCGUGAGUGGGCGAGCCGCGUGGACACGGCGCUGAAGCAUGCUUACGGCCUCCUCCAUCUCGAGGUCAUGCAUCCUGCGUACAGCGCGUUUUUUAGGAGCGGGUUGCCCGCGGAAGACAUCACCGCCAUAUUUCACGUCAUAGCGUCCAUCGCAGAGGCCGUGACGUCUUCGCGGCGCAUCUUUCCGUCUUCGUCUGUGAGUCCGGGGCACUCAUGGACCUUCAUGGUGGAUUUGUACAACUUGGUGCGGCGAGAGAUGGUGGCCAGAGGGUGGUGUCCGUUCAUUGUCACGGUGCUUUCUGACAGCGUCUGCAUGCUGGGCUACGCUAGCACGCAACAACCGUACAUUCGGGACUCUGCCAACGGACACGACAAGUGCACACAGAGAGCAUGCACCAUUCAUAGGAUCGACCCCACCACGUAUCGCAACAAACACGCUACGCCGACGUGCAGGUGUCCACGUUUGAAGCCACCGUUGGCACAAGUGGUCAAUCUGUUGGAGAAUCAGAGAAUACCAAUUGUUUGUGAGACGCUGGACGGCGAGCUGUGCUCAAGCGAUGCCUUCGACACUCCAUACGUCGCGAUAUCUCAUGUUUGGUCGGAUGGGCUUGGCAGCACGACCGAAGACGGACUGCCGGCUUGUCAGAUCAAUCGUCUGGCGGCGAUCGUUCGCCAGUUGGUCCCCAGCGGCGCGUUUUGGAUGGAUGCGCUGUGCAUCCCGGAAAGGAGGAAUAUGCGAAAGCGCGCGAUCGGAUUGAUGGCCCAGACGUAUCGUCAGGCGCAAGCGGUGCUCGUUAUCGACGCGGGCAUUCGGUGUUGCUCUGUUUCUGCGCCCUUGGAGGAGAGGCUACUUCGAGUGCUGUCCUCCGGGUGGAUGCAGCGGCUGUGGACCCUUCAGGAAGGAUUGCUGGCCCACAAGCUCGUAUUCGAGUUCUCGGAUGGCCUGGCUGCGAUCGAGGAGUUGAUCCCUGUGGGAGACGACCUGCUCGACGUGCUGUUGACCUCCCUCGCCAGCGAGAUCUUCCGCCUGACGAAAUACAAAAAACACCCCUCCGCGGCGGGGCCUGCCGAGUUCGGGCUCGGGGACGUCGCGCGCGCCGUGCGCUGGCGGAACACGAGCAAGGGAGAAGACGAAACGCUGGCCAUAUCCGGCUUGCUGGACAUUGAUGCCUUCGAGCUAGUCAGCCUUCCUCCCGCGCAGCGAAUGAAGACCUUGCUGCUCAGAGUCCGGAGGCUGCCACGGAACAUCAUCUUCAUGCUCGGCCCCAAGCUGGACGAGCCCGGGUUCCGAUGGGCACCGCGGACUCUGAUGAGCGGUCGCAGCCCGUCCAUGGCCAUCGGCAGAGACUCGUGCGAAGCCGAGUGCACGUCCAGCGGGUUGAGAGCGGAAUAUUCAGCGGUUUAUUUCGCAGAUGCUACCUUUGGUGGCGGCGUGCAGUGGUUUGUUCGAGACCGCCGUCUCGAUGCCGAGCAGCGCGUUUAUAAGCUCACGGACCUGCCUCAGGACGACACCGCGACCUACUCGUGCAACACCCUAUUGUUGAUGGCCCCGCCGAGACGGUCGGAAUUGACUCCUUGCGUGGCGGUUUUUACGAGGGCACCCGAUGCAGAGGUUACGGUCGGCGAUAGCGAUAGGCUCAUAUGCGAGUUUAGGAAACGGCUGAUGUUGGUGGACAUGAGUGAGAACGAGCUGAAGAGAGAGAAAACAUACACUGGCAUGGUGGAGGGGAAAUCGGGGAGGAUGCGGGUGCUCGUGGUAUGA